GGUAUAAGAGGUUAAUUUAUGUAGUAAUUUAAGAGAAACAAUGAGAAUCACAUAAGCAUAAUCUACUUAUUAACAAAACUAUUAAAUAUAUUGUUAAUACAUUAUAGUAAUAUCGAGUGAACUUGUCAUUUCCUUUUAAUUUCGAGAAGACGAUAAUUCACCGAGAAGUUUUUACUAACAACUCAUUAUGUAAUAGUGAGGCAUUUGUUUCUUUUAUGAAUCUUUCGACAUAAUCAAGGAAAAAGAAAGCAUAGAAACAUGUCGACUUUAACGCGCAUGCGACUUAUAAAUGGUGGGGGGAUCCUUCGGGAAAAGAUAUUCCAUAUUUUCGACCAAAGAGGAAUAUCUGCUCCUGCUUCGAAAAAAGUGAAAAUGGGAAAGCUUACUCAAGAGGAACGAGAAAAAGAUUUAAAGCCGUUAUUAUCAAAUGGUUGGUCUGUGCAACAAAAUAGAGAUGCUAUUUAUAAGGAAUUUUUAUUUAAAAAUUUUAAUCAGGCAUUUGGUUUUAUGACCAAAGUUGCAUUGCAAGCAGAAAAAAUGGAUCAUCAUCCUGAAUGGUUUAAUGUUUAUAAUAAAGUAAACAUUACUCUGUCCUCCCAUGAUGUUAAUGGCUUAUCACAAAGAGAUGUUAAACUUGCAUCUUUUAUAGACAAGGCUGCUAAAGUGGAAAACAACUAAAAUUUGAUUUAUAUAAUAACUUUAAAAUAAUUUUAGUGUUUGAAUAAUACCUCUAUGACAAUAAAUGUUUAGAAUUUAUACUGUUAUAAAAGUUAUAUUAAAUAUAUUUUACAUGGCAUAUAUAUAUAUAUAUAUUUCUACGUAUAAAUAUCACAUAUCUAAGAUGCAUUUAUGUUUGUUUUAUAUAAUUUACAUAAAUAAAUAUUGUAUUUAAUUGAUAUACUAUCACAAUAUAUGUUGCCUAAAGUAAUAAA